UUAUACUUGCGAUCAAUGUGGUGCAAGCUCCUUUGCUUCCCGUUGUGUGGAAGUGGACGCCAUGGCACGCCCAGAUUGUUCUGCACAGGUUGCAAUGCCGUUCUUUCCCAGUCUUGCAAUGGAAAGGACCAAGGUCAAAGCGAAGGCAAAGGUACCAAUACCGCCACCACCACCAUUUUUGGGCCAUGCAGUCUGUGUGAUGCAACUUCAUGUGACGGUUGCGAGAAGUGGAAUCCGCUUUAUUUAGUCAUGUUGUGCUGCAAUUCUUGCGGCACCAAAGUCUGCCAGCAAUACAACGAAGGCGCAGGCAAAGGUGCUGUAAUUCACGCUUGCGAUCGAUGCAGGCGAGGCUUCUGUGGCAGUUGUGUUGCGGAGUGCCAUCAUUGCAGCUCAAAGUUUUGCCAUUUUGGUUUGCAGCCGAUGUGAACACCAGUCCUGCGACAAGUGCAUACAAAAGGGCAGAGGCAAGAUGAGGCAAGGGCAUGACUCGAUGCGAACGUUUUGGUGCAGUUCUAAGUUCUAUGUGAGUCGUGCCAGGACUGUGAUAUUUUUUCUGACUACAGAAAAAUGAGAGUGCAAUUAUCGAUGCCUGCAAGGAUGAAAAGUUGGGCUUGGAAACGAGGGUCAAGGAGCAGCUAACUGCUCAUCUUGCUGUUGAAAGCAGCGGGAUAAAAUGCAGACUGUCGCCUUCUUGCAAUGAACUGGCCGACUUUCUUGCAGUCACGCUUCCUGAUCUAAGACCUGGCAUGGAGGUCACUGUUCCAAUCCAAGCCCUACGUUGGACUCAUGAUGGUAUCAAUGCCCAGCUUGCCUUUGGAGACAAUCACGAACAUCCAGAAGAGUCUAUCUUCAAACUGUUCGAGCAGCUCUUCCGUGAAAGGGUGACGCCGCUCGACUUGACCGAAGCAGAUCCCUUGCCGGUGUUUCUGCAUCGUGGUCCUGACAACCAUUUGGGCUUGUACUCCCGCCGCAACCGCAGACUUGCAACUUUGCUGAUGUAUCAAGCGCUCCGCCGAGAAGAACUUGUGAAGGUUCACGUUUUUGUGUCGCCAGAUGACCCGUCAGAUAUCCCAAGAUGGCAAAGAGACUGGCAGAAUGUCGAUUCGAUGGAUCCACCGGUCUGUCGAUUCGACCCCGGUCUGUCGGUGGACGGGCUCCGCGGGCUCGGGUUCGUGCUUGUCAUCGUGGUGUGCCGCUGAAGGAAAUGUAGCGAUUGUCACAGAGACAGAGACACUGGAGCGGACAAGGGCAAGGCCACACUCGCAGAGAGUUCAAGGAGCUUUGGAUCUUGUUGCCAGUCGGCUUGCCCUCGGAGACGUUCGAGCAGGGUGACGAAGAUUCUGUGACCUUCGUGAACACUUUUCAGAGAGGUGGGGAGACUGGCAAGGCAGUCAACAGUUGCCACCACCAGCGGCAACAAGGCCACACGCGCAAAGGGCACCUCUGUGCUGGAAUCUGCCAUUGAUUGCUGAGUUGUGAAAAUGGAAUAAGUUCUUAAGGUGAAAAUCUUGUCCGACAUUUCCAUCUAUUAUUCAGGUUUCUUUUUUGGAAAGGAUUCGGCAAGGAGCACGUCACGGUGGCUUUCACUGACCUUGAAUCCCCUGCUUCGGAAGCGGAUGAAGAGGUGUGAGUUUAAGAAUUUGAUGUUUGUUGCAUUUGUUCAAUCUCCCAACUAACUCAAACUGAUGAAACUCUCAGCAAACUUUUGCAUUAAAAACAGAUUGAAUUCUUCAAUCAACGUCAUUAUACUUGAUUCAUGUUGUGCUUCCGGGAGAGUUUGUUAUGAGCUGGAUGCGCCAUCAGGCCAUCAGAUGCCAGUUGUGUUUGUCGGAUAUUGUUGGAGACCCGCCUAGCAAUCCUAGCACCAAGGAGCUACGAAAGCGCCAAUAUGUGAGCCACGUGCGUGAGAUGAACUGUACUCUUUGGAGCAAAGG